AUGCCACCUGCCAGGAAAAUCACUGUGAAGAGUGUUGAUGCUGGUGGCUGGGCAGAAAGUGCUGGUAUACGGCCCGGCUAUGUCUUGCAAUCCGUAGAUGAUGUUUCGGUGGGAGAGUUGGACAAGAGCCGUUUCGUGGAGAUGCUGAAAUCUGUGAGGCCACUCACGCUGAAGUUUGCACGAGAAGAUCUAGCAGACAAGACGGAGGAGAGCAGUGAUGUUCUGACCGCAGUGGCCGAGCCAGGGACGGCACGCCUCGGUUUUCAACCUGACUGCGUGCCACCUGCCAGUAGAAUCACUGUGAAGAGUGUUGAUGCUGGUGGCUGGGCAGAAGGUGCUGGUAUACGGCCCGGCUAUGUCUUGCAAUCCGUGGAUGAUGUUUCGGUGGAACAGUUGGACAAGAGCCGUUUCGUGGAGAUGCUGAAAUCUGUGAGACCACUCAGCCUGAAGUUUGACCCUGCCAAGUCCGCAUCUUUUUCUACGGAUGAGUUGGCAUCGCCCAAGGUGAAGCAUCUGCCCACAGCCGCAGACCGCGAGUCUGGCUCGGUCGUGGUGGCUUCCUGGCCAGAGGAAGUGGAAGAUCUUCGCUUCUAUGAAUUCCCUCCGCAUCGCCACCUCUUCGCCAGGGUCUUCAUGGUCUACAAGGUGAAGUCUUCAGUGGAGCAGCUGCGCUUUGGCGACCUCCUCCUGCGAGUCGACGAUGCUCAGGCCUCAAGCCUGGCGCCCACAGCCUUGAACAAGAUGCUCCGGAGCGGCCAGCCGCUCCAGCUCAGCUUUGUCCCGGGCAGCGCUGAGGACCGGGAAGAGAUGGCAGCCAUACGGAUCCAAGCAGCCUUUCGCGCGCGCCGGGGCAGGCGCGACCGGCAGUGGGUGCACUGGCUUCUGGCAGGACUGCGCCGCUUCUACGUGAUCCCGGCCCUGGCGCACCUCCAGCAGUCUCAUGCGGCGGCUGCUGCAGAAAACACCGGGAGAGGCUACAGGGCAGCCAUCUUCGCUGCUCUAAGGCCAGAGCCUUCGGCCCUCCCACCGGCCCAGAGACCGCAGGAACGCCCUACCCCUUGGAAACUACAAGUGUACACCGCCCUGGUCGAGUAUGUGCAAGGGGCUUGCACAGGGAGUCUUGGUACUAUGCCUCCUGGGGCAGAGGCUGCGAUGCGCUUACUCCUUCCGUCCAGUGUCGCGGUCGAGGCGGUGCAGCACGGGGACCCUCAAGAUGGCAAGCCCUGGCCAGUGGUUGUGCUUUUCAGAAACAGUGAGACAGCGCAGAACACGCGUGAUGUUUGGUUACAGAACGUGCUUCGUCCACUGUUCGGAAAGGACAAGGACCUGGGGCUUCGUCCAGCGCGCUACCUGCCGUCAGGGGUGCACAGGCGAGUGCACGACUUCGUCCCCGCAAAAGGAAAGGGUAAAGGGCAGGGCCGCUCGCCGAAGCGGGAGUCGGAGGCGCGUGAUGAGCGUGGUGAUGGUACCCGACGCCGAGUGUGA